CAUAACCUAUAAUAAAUAUCAGAACAAUCUGUUAGCCAGUAAAGACAUGCACAGUUGCUAUGAACGUGAGUGAAAGCACAUCGAGUCAGAUUGCCAAUUCUUUUUUGAAGCACGGUCAUUAAUAAUUCAAAAUUAUUUCUAUAUUCUUAUUUUUAAAGUUAAUUUUCUUCAAGAAAUUCGUAUAAAAUAUAUUUGAAAAGUACAAUACUAAUCUACUAAGUUAAUACAGUUGUGUUUACUAUUUUGUUGAAGAGAAGUGCAAACUUUUUAAACUAUUGAAAUGGCAUUCAGCUUAGAAGAUUAUGCUAAUUUGAUAAACUCUUUUGUCAAUAAUCUCAACAAUGAAGGUGCAUCAGAAACCGCGAAUGAUGAUUGUUCAAACUCUUUUGUCAAUAAUCUCAACAAUGAAGGUGCAUCAGAAACCGCGAAUGAUGAUUGUUCUAAGACAUCUGCAUCAUCAGAACAUCUCAGCAGCAUAGCUAAUAAGGUUAUUGAAUUGAACCUUUUGCGAAACGAGUUAAUAAAUGUGGAACAAGAUAUUGCGGAUCAAGAUAAUACAAACAGGCUGAAAAGAUGUCGCCUUCUCAAAGAAAAAGAAGCAAACAUUUUGACGUCAUUAAAUGAAAAACUUGUGUUCCUAAAUGAUGAAGUGCAGCAGAUAAAAUUAGCUCUGAUGUCAUUCAAAAAUAAAAAGGCACUCCUGGUACCUGAAGAAGCACAAAGGGAUUUCUUGAAAAGUAUUGACAUACUUUCAGAUUUCAACAGUAACUUGGAAAAAACACUUGAAAACGAGAGUGGAAGUGCUGGAGGGAAUUUGCAGAAAUUUGUUGGAGUUUUUGAGAAAAAGCUAUUGGAAAUGAAACAAGCCAUGUGUGUCCUGAGUGAAACUCACGCUCUUUUGAGAAACGAAAACAUUAGAAUGAAAAAUCUUACAAAGGUUGACGAUGAUGUAUGAAAUUUUCAAUUUCAAGUAAAGAAUUAUUUUUGUAUGAAUUAGAAAAUAUGCAUGUAUUUGUUUCAUUUUUACUCUUUCUAUAAAAAUAAACACUAAAAUCAUGUUAUUAUUUAUUAAAGAGUUUAUACUAUUUAUUGCAAUCA